UUUGCGGACAGCGGGACUGCAAGAUGGCGUCAAUCGUGCCACUGAAGGAGAAGAAGCUCAUGGAGGUUAAACUUGGAGAGUUGCCAAGCUGGAUCUUGAUGCGGAAUUUCACCCCCAGUGGCAUUGUGGGAGCCUUCCAGAGAGGUUACGAUCGGUAUUACAACAAAUACAUCAAUGUGCCGAAAGGCAGCAUCUCGGGGGUUAACAUGGUGCUGGCAGCCUAUGUGGUUUCCAGCUAUUGCAUUUCUUACAAGGAACUCAAACAUGAGCAGCGAGGCAAGUACCACUGAAGAAGGGUCACUAUGGAUGGCACUGCAUACCUGAGCAUAACCGCCUGUCCCACUCCCAUCCAUGAAGAACUCAACUGUGGCUGAAUCUUCAAAUCCUGACUAGGAACUAGUGUCUAAUAAAAGGUGACUGACUG